CUCUCCUCCUGUAUAUUCCCAAAACAAACACAAGAUAAACCCUUUCCGAAACAAACUCUCUUCUCUGUUUCUCUCUAUCUAUCCCUUUCCUCCCUCCCUCUCUCCAUGCAGUGUAUCAGUCACUAACUAUCUUCCGAACAAAGAGCAAAGACUCUCCGUUUUCGUAAGCAGAGAGAACGCUUGCCAUUGGCUUCAUUUCUUCCAAUUUCCUAGCCCCUUGCGACAAAUCUUGACUUUCAGGCGGUCUUCAAGAAUUUAAUUCAGUAGUUUCUGAAGAUGACAAUUGGGACACCAGUCACACCAUCGUCAAAGAUCAGGAGGACUCCUUCAUGUACUCCAGGUGGUCCAAAAGUUCGCGAGGAGAAUAUACUUGUUACCAUUCGUGUGAGGCCUCUGAGCCCUAAAGAACAGGCGGGCUAUGAUCUUAUUGCCUGGGAUUUCACCGAUGAACACACGAUUAUCUCAAAAAAUUUGAACCACGAGCGGCCUACUGGCCCAUACUCUUUUGAUAAAGUUUUUGAUCCAAGCUGCUCGACUCAGAAGGUUUAUGAUCAAGGGGCAAGAGAUGUUGCGCUGUCUGCUCUGAAUGGAAUUAAUGCAACGAUUUUUGCAUAUGGGCAGACUAGCAGUGGCAAGACCUUCACAAUGCGGGGAAUAACUGAAAAUGCUGUCAAGGACAUCUAUGAGCACAUCAACAUCACUCCAGAAAGGGACUUCAUACUAAAAUUUUCAGCACUGGAAAUCUACAAUGAGACUGCAGUAGACCUUUUGAAUCAUGAGUCUGGCCCCCUUCGCCUAUUGGAUGAUCCUGAGAAAGGGACUAUUGUGGAGAAACUGAUUGAGGAGAUUGUUAAGGAUGGCCAACAUCUGAGGCACUUAAUUGGUAUCUGCGAAGCUCAGAGGCAAGUUGGUGAAACUGCUCUGAAUGAUAAAAGCUCAAGAUCCCAUCAGAUAAUUAGGCUGACCAUUGAGAGUAGUCUUCGAGAAAAUUCAGGGUGUGUGAAAUCUUUCUUAGCAAGUUUGAAUCUUGUGGAUCUUGCUGGGAGUGAGCGUGCUUCUCAAACGAAUGCAGAUGGUAGUAGGAUGAAGGAAGGAAGUCAUAUUAACAGAAGCUUGCUGACUUUGACAACUGUAAUUAGGAAGCUAGGUGGUGGAAAAAGGAGUGGUCAUAUACCUUACAGGGAUUCAAAACUCACAAGAAUAUUGCAGCCUUCUCUUGGGGGAAAUGCGCGAACGGCAAUAAUUUGCACCAUGAGUCCUGCAUUAAGCCAUGUGGAGCAAUCACGGAAUACACUAUCAUUUGCAACAAGUGCAAAGGAAGUUACAAACAGUGCCCUAGUAAACAUGGUUGUUGCAGAGAAGAAAUUAGUCAAGCAUUUGCAAAAGGAAGUUGCCAGACUAGAAGCAGAGCUCCAAAGUCCUGAGCCCUCUUCCUCUUCAUGUUUAAGGUCUUUACUAAUGGAAAAGGACUUGAAAAUUCGGCAGAUGGAGAGAGAGAUGAAUGAGCUGAAGCGUCAGCGAGACCUUGCACAAUCCCAACUCGAACUAGAAAGAAGAGCACCGAAGGAGCUGAAGGGGUCAAACCACCAUGGGCCUUCUCAUCAAGUAGCAAAGUGUCUUUCUUUUACUUCUGAUAAUGGAUCAGAUUUGGGUAGACCUCUUUCAGAAAACCGGACAAGAAAGUUACCGGGAAGGCAGGCAAUGGUGAGGCAGUCAGCUACAUCUACAGAUCCAUCCAUGCUGGUGCAUGAAAUUCGAAAGCUUGAGAUGAGACAGAGGCAGCUUGGUGAAGAAGCAAAUCGUGCACUUGAAUUGCUUCACAAGGAGGUUUCAUCUCACAGAUUGGGGAGUCAAGAUGCUGCUGAAACUAUAGCAAAGCUUUUGUCAGAAAUUAAGGACAUGCACGCAGUUAGCUCCACACUUGACAAAAUUGAGAUCAAGGAUAAAUCCAGCUUGAAGGAAGAGAUUGCUCGGUUGAACUCUCAAGGUGGCAAUAUUGCAUCUCUGGAAGAGAAGCUUGAGAAUGUUCAGCAAUCUAUAGACAAAUUAGUCAUGUAUUUGCCGAGUGGUAAGGAGACUCCGGACUUCAAGUCUCAACAGAAGAAGAAAAAGAUACUUCCUUUCACCUUGAGCAAUACUUCCAAUAUGCCACAAAUAAUACGGUCUCCAUGCUCACCUAUGUCUUCUUCUCGCAAAAUAAUGGAAUGUGAUACUGAAAACAAGGCACCAGAGAGUAAUUCUAUUACUUCUGGUGGUGAGACAUUGCGAAAGCAUAAAGCCACUCCUCCUAGAAGUGAAGAAAUCAACUGGGUCUCAUCAAGGGAGGGUACUCCUGCACCAAGGCAACAAAACCCAGUUAAUGUGAAGAAAAUGCAAAAAAUGUUCAAGACAGCAGCUGAAGAGAACAUUCGGAGCAUUAAAGCUUAUGUUACUGAGCUGAAAGAACGUGUAGCGAAGCUACAAUACCAAAAGCAGCUCCUGGUUUGCCAGGUGAGUAUUUGUUGUUUCAUGAUGCUCCUUCAUAUUCUGCUACAAAUUAGAUCUACAGAAUGUGUUUACUUUUACCACAUUUGCAACCCUUGAGCUGUGUUGUUCUUAAGACGUAAUGCAGUGAUCAUUAUUCAAGAGACAAGCACUGAUUUGGCGCGAUAAAUAGGUUCUUGGAAUUGCGAGCGGUUUGAAAGCAAGUUUAUUUUCUGGGUUUCUGUUGAGUGUUGGUUCAUUGGUUGAAUAUUGUUUGCAUUUUGUAAUUAUUAGUCAGGCAAUCUCUUUUAUGUAUUAGUCAGGCAAUCCCUUUAGCAUGACUGAUGCAAAAAAUGUGGCUUUAACAUUGUCAGAUAACUUCCAAUUUGUUUGACAUAUGGGACCAGGUGUUGGAGCUGGAGGCAAAUGAGUCUGAAAGCGAUGAGGCUGAUAUAAUUGAUCAAUCUCCAAUGCCAUGGCAUUUGGUGUUUGAGGAUCAAAGAAAGCAAAUUAUCAUGUUAUGGCAUUUGUGCCAUGUGUCAAUUGUGCACCGCACCCAGUUUUAUUUGUUAUUUCGAGGAGACACUUCUGAUCAGAUAUAUAUGGAAGUUGAGCUUAGAAGAUUGACAUGGUUGGAGCAGCAUUUGGCAGAGCUUGGCAAUGCAAGUCCAGCACUCUUAGGCGAUGAACCUGCCGGCUCCGUUUCAUCAAGCAUCAGGGCUCUAAAGCAAGAGAGGGAAUAUCUAGCAAAGAGAGUGAGUUUAAAAUUAUCUACAGAAGAAAGAGAAAUGCUUUACCUAAAGUGGGAUAUCCCACCAGAAGGAAAACAGAGGAGGCGGCUGCAACUGGUGAACAAAUUGUGGACAGACCCACUGAACAUGCAACAUGUACAGGAAAGCGCUGAAAUUGUUGCAAAACUUGUUGGAUUUUGUGAAUCAGGUGAGCAUGUUUCUAAGGAGAUGUUUGAGCUCAAUUUUGUAUUCCCUUCUGAUAAGAAGACCUGGAUAGGCUGGAAUUUGAUAUCAAAUCUCUUGCAUUUGUAAG